GUCUAUCAGUUCCGUGUUCGAGCCGUUAACAAGGGAGGUGCUUCGGAACCAUCGGAACCGAGCGAUAACCACACCGUUAGACACAGGAACCUGAAACCACGCAUCGACCGUACCAACCUGAAGAACGUAACGAUCAAGGCUGGCAAGGGUCACACUUGGUCCGUUGACGUCAAGGGUGAGCCGGAACCGGAUAUAGUCUGGAGCUGGCGAGAUAACAUUCCACUUACCGCUACCGAGAUGAUCAAUAUUGAAACAGGAAACUACCAUACCAACUUUACGAUCAAGGAAGCUAAACGUGCCGAUACCGGCAAGUACAAGAUUACUGCCACUAACGUCAACGGAAAGGAUGAGGAAGAAGUAGAGCUGGUUGUUUUGGGAUCGCCUGGACGAUGCCAAGGCAAGUUGGACAUCUCCAACGUUACGAAGAAGGGCUUGAAACUCAAAUGGAAGAAACCAGCUGACGAUGGUGGCAGUCCGAUCCUAGAGUACAAAAUCGAGAAACUCAAAAACCGCAAUGGCAAAUGGGUUCGUUGCGGAACUGUUAAGGGCGGUCCAGAAUUACUGGAAGCUGACAUCACUGGCCUGGAUGAAGGUGCAACGUACAAGUUCCGUGUGAUUGGUGUUAAUGCUGAGGGAGAAUCGGAACCAUUGGAAUCGGAUGAAGUGGUGGCCAAGAAUCCGUUUGAUGAGCCAUGGAAACCCGGUACUCCGGAGAUUGUUGAUUAUGACAACAAAUCUGUUAAGCUGAAGUGGGCUGCCCCCAAGAACGAUGGAGGAGCUCCCAUUCAAAGCUACAUCAUUCAGAAGAAGGAACGAUUCAAGGAUUGGGAAGAUGCCAUGGAAGUGCCCGGAGGUGAAUGCACUGCUACUGUGGAAGAUCUCAAGGAGAACACCGAAUGUCAGUUCCGCAUCAUUGCUGUCAACAAGGCUGGACGUUCACCCGAGUCGGAUCCUACCGGAACGCAUAAGGUUAAGCACCGUGCAUUGAAACCUCGCAUCGAUCGUACAAAUUUGAAGGCAAUUGUUGUACGUGGUGGAAAGAUGGUUCAUUACGAUGUGAACGUCAAGGGUGAGCCAGAACCAGAGAUUACCUGGAGUGUCAAAGAAAAACCAGUAUUUAACGAUGAUCACUAUGAAAUCGUCAACCAGAAUUAUAACACUAAAUUUACGAUCAAGGACAGUUUGCGCAAACACAGUGGUCUGUACGAGAUUCUAGCAAAGAACGAACACGGCCAAGAUAAGGAGGUGGUUGAAAUCACUGUUCUGGCCAGUCCAAGCAGACCCAAAGGACCACUGGAGGUUAAGGAUGUUACCAAGAAUGGUUGCAAACUCAAGUGGAAGAAGCCAGACGACGAUGGUGGCAAACCUAUCACCGGGUAUCAACUGGAGAAGUACGAUCAAAAGGCUGGCCGUUGGGUGCCAAUUGGAAAGGCUCCUGGUGAUGCUGAAGAGUUUGAUGUCACUGGCCUUCAAGAAGGACAGCACUACAAAUUCCGCGUUAAAGCCGUCAACGAAGAGGGCGAAUCCGAACCAUUGGAGACCGAAGAAUACAUCACUGCCAAAAAUCCUUUCGAUGUUCCAAAGGCUCCCACCGACGUUGUCAUCAACGAUUGGGAUAACGCAUCGGUCACCUUGCAAUGGAAGCGACCUAUUUCGGAUGGUGGAGCUGCCAUCACCGGUUACUUCAUCGAAAAGAAAGAACGUGGAGAAACCAAGUGGGAACCAGCAUUCACCACUCAAUCGCCCGAGUGUCAAGCUAAGUUUGGUGAUUUGCUCGAAAAGCACACCUAUCAGUUCCGCGUUAGUGCCAUCAACAAAGCUGGAACUGGUGAAGCUUCUGAUCCAACUAACUUCCAUACAGUGAAACAUCGUUAUCUGCGUCCUCGUAUCGAUCGUACCAACCUCAACCCGAUUACAAUCAAGGCCGGGUUGUCGGUUCAGUAUGACAUCAACAUCGAGGGUGAGCCUGCUCCCACAGUCAAAUGGCUGCACGGUGAUAAGGAAGUCGCUACUGAUGCCGAUUACAAGAUCGACAACGUUGACUACAAUACCAAAUUCUUCAUUAUGCGAGGUCGCCGUAAUUUGAGCGGAAAGUAUACAAUCGUCGCUACCAACUCGCAGGGAGAAGAUAGAGCCGAAGUAGAGAUUACAAUCCUCAGCAAACCUGGUACUCCGGAGGGACCACUGGAAGCAUCGGAGGUGCACAAGCAUGGCUGCAAGCUGAAGUGGAAGCCUCCACUAGACGACGGAGGUAUGCCAAUUGAGGGAUACGAGAUUGAAAAACUGGAUCCACUGACUGGUCAAUGGAUUCCAUGUGGACAAAGCAAUACCCCUGAAGCUACCAUCAAUGGUUUGCAGGAAGGCAAGCAAUACAAAUUCCGUGUUAAGGCCUUCAAUAAGGAGGGAGAUAGCGAGCCGUUGGAAAUGGAGUCGGUUAUCAUUGCCAAGGAUCCGUUCAGUGUUCCAAGCAAACCUGGUCGGCCAAAUCCUACCAACUGGGGCAAAGACUUCGUGGAGUUGGAAUGGACCAAACCAAAGUCCGAUGGUGGUGCUCCACUAACCGAGUACAUCAUUCAAAAGCGAGAUAAAUCCAGUCGUAAGUGGCAGGAUGCAGCUACGGUUGGAGGGGACCGUACUCGUGCCAUGGUCGAAGAUGUUGAGGAAGGCCGUGAGUAUGAGUUCCGUGUAGUGGCUGUGAACAAAGCAGGUCCAUCGGAGCCCAGUGAUAUCUCGGAUAGCGUUAUUUGCAAAGACCGAUUCAAGGCCCCAAGAAUCGACCGCAAAAACCUUGAUAAGAAGAUUCUGCGUAGUGGCCAGCUGCUUAAUGUUGAGGCUGAUGUAAGUGGCGAGCCAGCACCAAAGGUCACCUGGGAACUUAAGGGCACACCCAUUCUGGGUAGAGAUGAAGACCGUGUCCGUGUUGAUAAUGAAGAUUACAAGACCAAUUUGGUUAUCAGAAAUUUGAAACGUGCCGAUACCGGUGUAUACAAAGUCACUGCCAAGAACGAUUCGGGAACGGAUACUGUGGAAAUGGAGCUGGUCGUUUUGGCCAAACCAUCGAAAUGUAUGGGACCACUUAAGGUUUCGGAUGUUACCGCUGAAGGUUGCAAGUUGGCUUGGUUGCCCCCAGAAGAUGACGGUGGGGAACCAAUUCAAUCGUACGUGGUUGAGCGUAUGGAUGUAGACAGUGGCAGAUGGAUUCAGGUUUGUGAAUCGCGAUUCCCAGAAGCCGAUGUGUCUGGCCUUCAGGAAGGUAAGGACUAUAUGUUCCGCGUAAAGGCCGUAAAUAGCGAAGGUGAAUCUGAGCCGCUGGAAACCGAUACAAGCAUCAAGGCGAAGAAUCCCUUCGAUCCACCGGGUGCACCUGGAAAACCAAAGGCAACCGAUUGGUCCAGAAAGAAUGUAUUCUUGGAAUGGAAAGAACCGGAAAGCGAUGGUGGUGCUCCAAUUACCAAGUACAUCAUCGAAAAGAAGGAUGUUAACAGCACAAAAUGGCAGAAAGCCAUGGAAACCGAUGGACCAGUUACCAAGGCUAAGGUACCGGAUCUUUUCGAAGGAACUACUUAUCAGUUCCGCGUGAAGGCUGUUAACAAGGGUGGUCAUGGUGCGUAUUCACCACUUUCGGAACCGGUUCUUGUUAAGGAUCGCUUUGCUCCACCACGUAUUGAUCGUGCUACUCUUAAGAACUUAACUCUGAAGGGAGGUCAGACUUUGAAAUUGGACUGCAAGAUCAGUGGUGAGCCUGCACCAACCAAAUAUUGGCUGUUAAAUAAGGCCCGUGUGGAGAAGGAUAAUGCUGAAGUUAGAGUAGAGUUUGAGGAUUACCGGGCUAAAUUGACUAUUGGAAGUGUUACCCGUGCUCACAACGGAACCUACGAAAUCAAGGCCGAGAAUCCGUCUGGCUAUGACGAGGUUCAGAUCAAUAUAACCGUUUUGGACAAACCAACUCCACCGGAAGGACCAUUGAAGGUUUCCAACGUUCACAAGGAAGGAUGUUCACUGAAGUGGAAUCCUCCACUAGACGAUGGUGGUGUUCCAAUCGAUCACUACAAUGUGGAGAAAUUCGAUAAGGAAACUGGUCGUUGGGUACCUGUUGGUCGUACAGCUGAUACCCAUAUGGAGGUCGGAAAUUUGGAACCCGGGCAGGAAUAUUUGUUCCGUGUUUCUGCUGUCAACGAUGAGGGUGUCUCAGAGCCAUUGGUUACUGAUACGUCUAUCAUCGCCAAGAAUCCAUUCGAUGAGCCAGGAAAGCCAGGAACUCCUGAAGCAUUCGAUUGGGAUCGCAACUAUGUUGAGCUUCGCUGGACCCCUCCGGUUAGUGAUGGCGGAUCACCAAUCACUAAGUACAUCAUUGAAAAGCGCGAGCACGGAACCAUCAAAUGGAUCAAGUGUGCCGAUGUUAUUGGUAACAAGUGUGAGGCCAAGGUUACGGAACUGAACGAAGGUGAGGUGUACGAGUUCAAGGUACGAGCUGUCAAUGAAGCCGGUGCCGGUGUAUGGAGUGACCACAGCAAACCAAUUACUGCCAAGCCUAGGAAAUUGCCACCCAAGAUUGACCGCAGAAAUCUUAAAAAUCUUAGCGUGGCGAUUGGGGAGCCAUUCGGAUUCGAUGUUAAGAUUUCCGGUGAGCCAGCUCCAGAUGUUGAUUGGACUAUAAACGAUCGUAUGGUGACGACGACUACGACUCGCACCAUCGAUAACGUACCAUACAAUAGCAAAUUCGUCAACACCAAUCCAGAUCGUCGAGAUUCGGGCAAGUACAUCAUCAAGGCCACCAACAAGUUCGGAAGCGAUCAGGUUGAGAUAACGGUUACUGUGAGAUCUAAGCCAAGUAUUCCGGAAGGACCGCUUGAAGUUAAGGAUAUGACCAAGGACAGUUGCAGGUUGGAAUGGCAAAAACCGAAAGAUGAUGGAGGUUCGCCGAUCGAUCAUUACGUUGUCGAGAAGUUCGAUCCUGACAAUGGCAUUUGGAUGACCGCUGGCAAAACCGAUGGACCAAUCACCGAGAUUCCGGUCGAUGGACUGAUUCCAGGACAUCGUUACAAGUUCCGCGUCAAGGCUGUCAAUGCUGAAGGCGAAUCGGAUCCGCUGGAAACUGCCGGAACUGUUGUUGCCAAGGAUAGUUUCUCCGUUCCUGAAACGCCCAAUGCUCCCACCGUUGCUGAUUGGUCCGAGAACCAUGCUGUUCUCAAAUGGCCUGAGCCAGAUGAUGGCGGUAGCCCGAUUACUGGUUACAUCAUCGAGAAGAAGGACAAAUACAGUCCGAUUUGGGAAAAAGCAUGUGAGACCUCAUCGCCAAACCCAACGGCAACAGUCGGAGGGCUGGUUGAAGGCAAUGAAUACCAAUUCCGCGUCAUCGCUAUCAAUAAAGCUGGCCAAUCUGAUCCGUCUGAUCCGAGCCGUACCUUUACUGCCAAACCACGCUUUGCUCCUCCAAGAAUUGAUCGCAAAACUAUUAGGGAUGUUUCCAUCUCUGCCGGAUCUAUGCUCAAGUUCGACGUCAUCGUUACUGGUGAACCGGCGCCGAAGUGUGAAUGGCGCAUCAACAAAGCCCACGUUAGCGACAGGCGAGUUGAAAUCCUUGACACAGAGUACAAUUCCAAGUUCAUCAUGCGACCAGCCAAUCGUGGAGAUACUGGAGAUUACGAAAUCACCGCAACUAAUUCCUCGGGCCGGGACCAAGUGCAAGUUCAGGUUAUUGUUACUGAUAAACCCGGACCGCCAGAAGGACCUCUGCAAGUGUCCGACAUUACGAAGGAAACUUGCAAACUCAAGUGGAAACGCCCGAAGGACGAUGGUGGAUGUGACAUCGAAUAUUACCAGAUUGAACGCUAUGAUGACGAAGCCAAGGCUUGGGUACCACACGCAAGAUCUGUUGAAUGUGGUGCUGACAUUAGUGGAUUGCAGAACGGCAAAAAAUACAAAUUCCGUGUUAGUGCUAUCAAUGCCGAAGGAGAAUCCAAACCGUUGGAACAAGCUGGAGACUUUAUUGCAAAGAAUCCCUUCGACGAACCAUCUGCACCACAGAACUGCAAAGCUACCGACUGGGGUCCAGAUUUCGUCAAAAUUGCAUGGCUCCCACCGGUCAGCGAUGGUGGUUCCCCUAUCACUGGGUACGUUGUUGAAGUCAAGGACAAGUACGGUGAGUGGGAGAAGAAGAUGCAGGUUCCUGCCAGUGCCAACGAUGCAGAAAUUCCCGAUCUGGUCGAAGGACAUAAAUACGAAUUCCGUGUACGAGCCGUUAACGGGGCAGGACCUGGUGAACCAAGCAACGCUACUCCACCAAUCACCUGCAAACAGAAGAAUCAGCCACCUAGAAUCGACCGCACCAAUCUCAUCGAAGUCAAGAUCAAGGCGGGCAACAACGUCGUUUACGAUGUUAAAGUUACCGGCGAACCGAUUCCGACAACCAGGUGGUCGUUGAAUAAGAAGGAACUGAAGCCAAGUGAUAAGUUCAAGAUUCAGAGCUACGACUACAGCACGAAACUGACCAUCAGGUCCGCUACCCGUGCCGAAUCUGGCACAUACCUAAUUGAAGCUGAAAACGAAAACGGCAAAGAUUCUGCAACAGUUUUCGUGACCGUACUAGAUGUACCAAGCCCACCGAAUGGACCUUUGAAGGUUGCGGAAAUAACUGCUACUGGUGCUGUUCUGACCUGGCGUCCUCCAGAGGAUGACGGUGGCCUACCCAUUGAUAACUACAUCAUUGAAAAACUUGACGAGGUUAAAGGCAACUGGGUGUACGCUGGGGAUGCCGGUUGUAACAGAUGUGAAGCUGAAAUUGAUGGACUCAUCGAAGGCCAUUCGUACAAGUUCCGUGUGCGUGCUCAGAACAAGAUGGGUAAAUCUGAACCACUCUCUAUGGGUAAUGCUGUGGUGGCCAAGAAUGCCUUCAGAGCACCAACUCGCCCUGAAAAUGUCGUCAUCACCGAUUACGACAAGGACUAUGUCGAACUGGAAUGGAAGGCCCCGGAAAACGACGGUGGAGCUCCAAUCACUGGCUAUGUUAUUGAAAAGUUGAGCAAAUACUCUAUGGAUUGGGAAAAAUGCGCAGAAGUUGAUGGCGCUGAUACUCUUCAUGCCAAGGUUCCAGAUCUCAUCGAAGGAACUGCUUACCAAUUCCGUGUGAAGGCAAUUAAUCGUGCUGGAGAAGGUGAGCCAAGCCGACCAACCGAUUCUCACAUUGCUCGUAGUAAGAACCAGCCACCGAAAAUCGAUCGCUACUCGUUGUCCAACGUCAAGAUUCGUGCUGGACUUACCUUUGAAUUUGAUGUACCGGUUCAGGGAGAGCCGGUGCCACAGAAGGAAUGGUCGCAUAAAGACAACAUGGUUAUUAAUACUGAUCGUGUUAAGGUUGUUUACGAAGACUACAAAACUAAGCUACGUGUUAUGGACGUCAAGCGUGGAGACAGUGGAGUUUACACUCUUACUGCCAAGAACAAGAAUGGUGUUGACAUUGCUGAUGUUAACGUUACCGUCCUGGACGUUCCGGCACCACCAGAAGGACCUAUCCGUCAUGAGAAUCUAUCGAAGAACGGUGUUACACUUAUGUGGCGUCCUCCUAAGGAUGACGGUGGCUCUGAAAUUCUGCAUUACGUUGUUGAGAAACUUGAUACCGAUCAGCUGCGCUGGGUUCCAGUUGGAGAAACCAUCUCUACCAAGAUUCGUCCGGAUAAUCUGAUCGAAGGCCAUUCCUAUCAGUUCCGCAUUCGUGCAGUGAACAAGCAGGGUGAAUCGCUGCCUCUAGCAACUUCGCAACCGAUUACCGCAAAGGAUCCGUACACCAAACCCGACAAACCAGGAAAGCCAACUAUUAUCGACUGGGGAGACAAUCAUGUCAGCUUGGAAUGGCCAAUUCCGAAGAAGGAUGGUGGUUCUCCAAUAACCAGCUACAUUGUCGAGAAGAAGCCACGCUACGGAGAUUGGAAAUUUGCUGGAGAAUUCACAGAGCUGUACAAACCGUCGGCGAAGAUUCUGGAGUUGACCAAGGACGAAGAAUAUGAAUUCCGCGUUUGUGCCGUCAAUAAGGCAGGAGUUAGUGAUCCUAGCGAACCUUCUGAUCCAGUUGUGUGCAAGUCCCGAUUCGUACCACCGCACUUCGACAAGAAUGCUCUGAGGGAUUUGAUUGUACCAGUUGGCAAAAAGAUUGCAUACAAUGUCAGCGUCGAAGCUUCACCUCAAGUCACGGCCGUUUGGAAGCGCAAUGGCGUUGAAAUUCCUGAAUCACAGAGAAUUAUUCGUGAAGCGUAUAACAAUGAAGUGUCUCUUGAAAUUCCAUUCGCUGCUCGCGAUGAUUGUGGAAUGUACACGCUGAUUGUUAAAAAUGAAUGCGGUGAAUAUUCUGCUAAUGGCCAUGUUACUGUUCUGGACAAACCUGCACCUCCAGAAGGACCACUACGUAUCUCGAAUAUCACUACCGAAGGAUGUCGUUUGGAAUGGAAGUUGCCAAAGGAUGAUGGUGGUAGCCCGAUCACUCACUAUGUUGUCGAAAAGAUGGACAUGUCCCGUGGUACGUGGUCCGCUGCUGGUAUGAGCACUUCGCUCUGCAACGAAAUCUCACGAUUGAUCCACAACAAGCGCUACUCGUUCCGCGUGAAGGCCGUUAAUGAAAUUGGUGAAUCUGAACCGCUGGAAUCAUCCCAUCCGAUCAUCGCCAAGAACGAUUACGAAGAGCCAUCGCAACCACCGAAGCCACAGGUUGUCGAUUGGGACGCCAAUUCGGUUAGCUUGGAAUGGAAUGCACCGAAAUCGGACGGAGGAGCCCCGAUUACCGAAUACAUUGUUCAAAAGAAAGAGAAAGAUAGCCCGUACUGGAGCACAGCAGGACGUGUUCCUGGUAUCCAGCGCAAUCUUAAAGUACCAGAUUUGGCCACCGAAACUGAAUGGGAAUUCCGUAUCAUUGCUGUCAAUGCUGCUGGAGAGUCGGAACCAUCAGAUGCUUCUGACGCUGUUCUUACUCGCUCGAGAUUCAUUGCUCCAAAGAUUAUUACUCCUUUGCGGGAUAUGGUCGUCAAGGCUGGUCUUAUCUUCCAUAUGGAUGUGACUUUGACUGGCGAGCCUGCCCCCGAUAUUGUGUGGACACUGAACGGUAAACCCGUUGAAACCGACGAACGAACUACCAUGACUGCCGUAGGACAUCACACUAUUGUACAUACGGUCAACUGCAAACGCGGUGAUUCUGGUGAUUACAAAUUGGUCAUCUCCAAUUCAAGCGGCAAGGAUGAAGGUAGCUUCCACCUUACAGUAUUAGAUCGUCCUGAUCCACCAGAGGGCCCAAUGAACUUCGAGGAAAUUACCGAGAAGAGUGUAACAAUUUCCUGGAAACCACCCAAGUACAAUGGAGGUUCGGAAAUUACUGGAUAUGUUGUCGAGAAGAAGGAUCUUACCCAUGGUGGAGGCUGGGUACCAGCGGUUGCUUACGUUAGCCCCAAGUACACUCAUACUAUUGUGCCUCGCUUGAACAAAGGUAACAAGUACGAAUUCCGUGUUAUGGCUGAAAAUCUUCAAGGACGUUCCGAUGGUUUGGACAGCAAGCAUCCAGUUGUGGCGAAGGAUCAAUUCACUGUUCCUGGAGCACCAACCAAACCAGAUAUCAUUGAUAGUGACUACGACCAGAUUACUCUUACCUGGAAACCACCAAUCAGUGACGGAGGUUCGCGUAUUUCUGGAUAUAACAUUGAACGCCGUGAUGUUGUUACUGGACGGUGGAUUAAGGCUAACAAAUAUCCAGUGCCCAAUAACGAGUUCACCGAUACCGGUGUCAUCAAGGGCCACCAGUACGAUUACCGUGUAUCAGCCGUCAAUGCCGCUGGUCAGGGCAGUCCAAGUGACAUUUCCAACAAAUGCUGGGCUAAGCCGAUGCAACAGAAACCUCGUCUCAAUCUUGACAGCUUCGGUAAACGAACCAUUAAGGUGCGUGCAGGUGAACCUAUUAUCAUCUCUAUUCCAUUGGUCGGAGCUCCAAUUCCAACCGUUGAAUGGUUCCGCAAUGGUGUCAAGGUGCCAGAAACAUCGCGAACGACAAUCGAUACCAACAGUGAACACACGGUAUUCCGCGUGGAAAAGAGCGACCGAAAGGAUUCGGACAUCUACAAGAUCAAGGCAUCCAACCAAUACGGAGAAGAUGUCAAAGAUUUCGAUGUUAUUGUUGUCGACCGUCCUCAUCCACCAAUCAAUGUCUUUGCCUUGGAAACCACUCAGGAUACCGUUACUCUCAACUGGGAUCCACCGAAGGACGAUGGAGGUUCAGAAAUCACCGGAUACAGCAUCGAAUACAAAGAGUUCCCAUCGGACAACUGGAAGAUGGUUUACGGAACUGUUCCACGUUGUUCACACACCAUCAAACAUCUUACCGAGAAUCACGAAUACGUUUUCCGAGUACGUGCCGAGAACAUCUACGGCUCUUCGGAACCAACUGAGAGCAAGACCAUCUCACCAAAGAGCCCCGACCCACCAGAGACUGUGGACAAACCAGUCAUCGAAGAUUACACUCCGAGUGCUUGCACUAUCUCAUGGAAGCCACCUCGAGUCCAAACCAGACCUGUUACUGGUUAUAUUGUCGAAAAGCGAGAACGUGGUACCGGCGAAUGGGUUCAAGUUAAUAAUUACCCAACCGUUAACACUACCUAUACUAUUCCUGAUCUGAUGGAAGGAUUCCGAUAUGAGUUCCGUGUUAAGACUGUCAACGAUGUCGGUUGCAGUAAGCCUAGCGAGCCGACAGAUCCAAUCACGGCUCAACACCAACGCAAACGACCGAAUCAACCAGAUCCGCCAUCAAUCGACAAAAUCACUCGUAACAGCGUUUCUCUGUCUUGGCGCACACUUCGCAGAGAUGCCAAGGAAAAGAUCAAGGGUUACAUCGUACAGUACCGUGUCAAGGAUGAAGAGAAAUGGGUUGAUGCUAACAGCUUAAGCGAUCUCAUUUCCGAUCAAUCGUAUCGCGUUGAAGGACUGGAAGAAGGUAAAGAGUAUCAGUUCCGUUUGAUCGCUGUUAACGAUAUCGGUUCGUCCGACCCAUCUCGACCAACUAUCUCAGUAACGUUGGCAGAACAGCCAAACAAACCAAUGAUGGAUCUGCGCAAUGUACGCGAUAUUACUGUGCGUGCAGGUGAGGAUUUCAACAUUCACGUUCCAUACACUGCUUUCCCCAAGCCCGUUGCCAGUUGGUUUGCUAAUGAGGAUCAGCUUGAUGAUAGCGAUUCACGCGUUCAUAAACAACUCACCGAUGAGGCUGCCAGUAUUGUGGUCACCAACAGCAAACGUUCCGAUUCUAAACAGUAUCGUUUGAUGCUUAAGAAUCCUCAUGGCUACGACAUUGCUACAUGCAACGUGAAGGUUCUUGAUAAACCUGGUAAACCGGAGAAUAUCGCCGUUGAAUCCUAUGGUGGAGAACAUCUUAUUCUUUGCUGGAAUCCACCACUGGAUGACGGUGGUGCUCCUGUCACCAAUUAUGUCGUCGAAAAGAAGGACAAGAGCUCGUCGAACUGGACCAAGGUCAGCAGCUACUGUGCUUCUACGUUCCUUAAGAUCCGAAACCUACGCAUCAACCAGCAGUACGACUUCCGUGUUUAUGCUGAGAACAAGUAUGGUCUCUCGGUACCAGCUCAGGCUGACUCCAUUAUCGCCAAACAUCCAUUUGACAUUCCAACUCAACCUGGUACCCCAACUCGAGUGGAAACAACCGAGGAUUCUAUCACCAUUACCUGGGCCAAACCAGCCAGCAAUGGUGGCUCACCAAUUACGCAUUACAUCGUCGAGAAGCGUUUGGCAUCCGAAGGAAGCUGGACCAAGGUUCAACAGGGUAGCCUCAGAGAUAUGGUUUGUAAGGUAUCUGGACUUUCCGAAAAUCGUGAAUACAUCUUCCGUGUGGCAGCUGUUAAUGCUGCUGGACAAAGUCCGUUCAGUUCUCCAUCGGAUCCAAUUAUGGUUACUGCUGCAUUCGCUGCACCCAAGAUUACUUCCGAUAUUGGCAUGCGUGACAUUACCGUUAUUGCUAAGGAUCCAUUCAAAAUUAUUGUUCCAUAUUCGGCUACUCCGAAACCGGACGCCUUCUGGUUGGUUAACGGUAACGAGGUUUCCAAGAACGAGAGGAUCGAGUUGCAUGUCACCGAUACCGAGGCUGUGUUCAAGAAUGACAACGCCAAACGUUUGGACACUGGUAGUUACACAAUUCAUCUGGUUAACUGUGUUGGAAAGGAUACAGCUUCUUGCCGAGUGUUGGUUGUUGACAAGCCAAGCCCGCCGAUUGGACCACUCGAAGUUUCGGAAAUCACUCCCGAAUCUUGUACCUUAUCCUGGAAGGUACCGUUGGACGAUGGUGGAAGCCCCAUUACGAACUACAUUGUCGAGCGUUAUGAACCUCUGGGAUACUGGACCAAGGCUAGCAGUUUUGUUCGCAACACCCACUACGAUAACAUGGGUAUGGAUGCCAACAGGCAAUACAGCUUCCGUGUACGCGCUGAGAACCAGUACGGUGUUAGUGAGCCUUUGAUAUUGGAAGAACCGAUCACCGCUCGUUAUCCAUUCACGGUUCCGGAUCCACCAAGCCCGCCACGUGUUGUCGAUUGGGACGCCAACUAUGUCACAGUUACCUGGGAACGACCGCUCAUGGAUGGUGGAUCACGUAUCCAAGGCUAUCGCUUCGAAUACCGAGAUGUGCGUGAUGGUGCCUGGAUUGAAUGCAACUUCCUUAUCAAGGACAACACAUAUCAAGUGUACAAUUUGGUACCUGGUAAUGAAUACGAAUUCCGUGUUCGUGCUCAGAAUGCAGCUGGUAUAAGCAAACCAUCUGCUUCGUCCAAAAGAUUCAAGGUUCAUGGCAAGAUUACACCACCGUCUGCACCGGGUGCUCCUGCUGUCGUUAAGGUUGGCAAAAGCUUUGUUGAUCUCAGCUGGACACCACCGGCUAGUGAUGGAGGAUCUAGAAUUACUGGAUACUAUGUGGAAAGACGCGACCUGGGCGGAGCUCGAUGGGUCAAGUGCAACGAAUCGAAUAUUCCUGUUACGGAGCUUACUGUUACUAACCUCAUUGAAGGUGGAGUGUAUGAGUUCCGCGUGUACGCUGUCAACCACUAUGGUGUAUCGCCACCAUCCCCUGAAACUCGCUCGGUAAGAAUUGGUGAACAACUGGACUCCGAGAAACCAGAAUGGGUCCAGAGGUUGAAGUUUGCUUUGGUUCCAUUGGGCAAAUCUGUUCAGUUGUCCUGCGAAGCUCACGGCAAACCAGAGCCAACCUGCAGAUGGCUACGCAAUGGCAAGGAAAUUACACACGGUGGACAGUUCACACUGGAAAGCAAGAAUGGUGUAUUCUCUCUGCACAUUUCUACAGUAACUUAUCGCGAUGAAGGUGAUUACACUUGCGAAGCACUCAACUUUGUUGGUUCGAUUCAUACGACUGCAGCUGUUAAGAUUGGCGUACCACCCAAGCUAGUUAACAUUCCUUCCGAUGUGUAUCUUAUCAAGGGUGAUAACGCUAAGAUAAAGCUUGGAUUCAGCGGUGAUCAGCCGAUGGAGGUCAAUAUUUCCAAGGAUCGCGAGAAGCUCAUUGAAACCGAGCAUUGCAAGUACACCGUGUUCGAUGACUAUGCAGUUAUCUACAUUCGAGAUGUUGAAGAUGCUGACAAGGGUGUGUACUUAGUUAACUUCAAGAAUGACAGUGGAAGUGUAUCGUGUAACGUCAAUGUACACGUUACUGGUCUACCUGGACCGCCAACGGGACCUCUACUCAUCAGCCAUGUUACCAAGAAUAUGUGUACCGUAUCGUGGAAACCACCAGCAUCCGAUGGUGGUCGCAAGAUAUCGCAUUACGUUGUUGAACGUCGUGAUAUUAAGUCACAACAUUGGCUAAUUGUUAACAAUUACGUCAAGGAAUGCCAACUGAUUAUCAAGGGCUUGAUUGAAUUCUCGGAAUAUUUGUUCAGAGUGUCGGCUGUCAAUGAAAACGGUAUGGGUCUGCCACUGGAGGGCGUUGAUCCAAUAAAGGCCCGUGGUCCCUACGAUUUGCCUUCGCCUCCUGGCAUCCCGAUCAUCCACGAAGUUGGAGGAGAUUUCGUCAACUUGGAAUGGGAAAAACCCGUGUCGGAUGGUGGAUCCCGCAUUCUGGGAUACUGGAUCGAAAAGCGCGAACAAGGAAUUGAAACAUGGCAACGAGUUAAUACCGUUUCUUGCUCGAUUUGCACAAUCAACUGUGUGAAUCUGGUGGAAGGACGAUACUAUGAGUUCCGUGUGGCUGCUCAGAAUGAAGUUGGUUGCUCAGAGUUCUCGAAGGCUUCGCAAUUGGUGAAGGCUGAAGAUCCAGAUGUAUGCAAGGCACCUGAAAUUGUUAAGCCGCUCAACACUUUGACUUGUGUACAGAACCGAAAUGUGGAAUUCUCUUGCAAGAUCACCGGUGUUCCAAGGCCGAAGAUUACAUGGCACAAGGGUGCCCGAGAAAUUUGCUCCGGAUCGCGCUAUUACAUGUAUAGCGAUGGCGAUAUGCACCAUCUGGCUAUUAACGAUGUGUUUGGUGAGGAUGCUGAUGAAUAUACUUGUCGUGCUGCCAACAAGGGAGGUAUUAAAUCAACUAAAGCUUCCCUUAUCAUUAAAUCACCACCGAAACUCAACGUGCCGCCACGCUUCCGUGAUACGGCCUUCUUCGAUAAUGGUGAGAAUAUUGAAAUCAAGAUUCCGUUCACUGGAUUCCCGAAACCAAGGUGUCACUGGACCCUCAAGGGCGAACAGAUCGAAUCCGGUAGCCAUUACCAUAUUGAAACUCGGGAACGUCACACUGUUCUAACCAUUCGUGAUGGAUCUCAGUUGGACUCUGGAACCUACACGAUUACCAUUGAGAAUGAGCUUGGACAGGAUACUGCUGAUAUUCCAAUUCAGAUCAGCGAUCGUCCAGACAAGCCAAGGAACCUUACGGUGGACCAAGUUGGUUUGGAUCAUGUCACUCUCAGCUGGUUGCCUCCACACUGGGACGGCGGUGCCAGUAUUACCAAUUAUAUUGUCGAAAAACGAGAAGUACCAUUGUCGACCUGGAUCCGUGCUGGAACAACUCGCUUCAAUCAGCUCAUCAUUCCACACCUAUCUCCGGGACAUCAGUACGAGUUCCGAGUGUUUGCCGAGAACGUAUAUGGCCGAUCGGAUCCAUCUGAUCAGACUGAACUGGUUAGCCUGAAGGAUCUGGGCAUCAAGCCGGCUAAGCGUGUCAAGUACGAGUUGGAUGAGAAUGGCAAGCCGAAACGCCAGCUUAAACGUGAACCAGUUGGAGAUUACGAUAAUUACGUGUUUGAUAUCUACUCAAAAUACCAUCCGAAGCCGGUUGAAAUUUCGAACAAGAGCGUGUACGACCUGUAUGAGAUUCUUGAAGAAAUCGGCACUGGAGCAUUUGGUGUGGUUCAUCGUUGUCGAGAGCGCAAGACUGGAAAUGUGUUUGCAGCUAAGUUCAUUCCGGUAUCGCAGAACUCGGAACGAGACCUCAUUCGUAAGGAGAUCGAUAUCAUGAAUCAAUUGCAUCAUCGUAAGCUGAUCCAUUUGCACGACGCAUUCGAAGAUGAUGAUGAGUUUGUGCUAAUUUAUGAAUUCCUCUCGGGCGGAGAACUGUUCGAGCGUAUCACUACCGAGGGCUACCGAAUGUGCGAACGGGAGAUCAUUGAGUACAUGAAACAGAUUUGCGAGGCUGUGAAAUACAUGCACGAGAAGAACAUUAUUCAUCUGGACAUUAAGCCAGAGAAUGUCAUGUGCCAGACUAGGAACAGCAAUCAAGUCAAGCUGAUUGACUUCGGUUUGGCAACUCGUCUCAAUCCGAAUGAAAUGGUCAAGAUCUCUACGGGAACUGCUGAGUUUGCUGCGCCCGAAAUUGUGGAACGUGAACCGGUUGGUUUCUAUACAGACAUGUGGGCGAUUGGUGUGUUGGCCUAUGUUUUGGUCAGCGGCUUGUCGCCAUUUGCUGGUGAAACUGAUAUCGAUACCCUGAAGAACAUCAAGAUGGGUACCUGGGACUUUGAUGAAAUGGCAUUCAAGGGCGUUUCGGAGGAAUGCAAGGACUUCAUUCGCCGCCUGUUGGUUAAGAACACGGAGAAGCGCAUGACUGCCCAUGAAUGUCUGAUGCAUGCCUGGUUGAGUGACUCAUACAACAGCUCAACUUCGCUGAUUUCGAUUGAACGUUAUCUCACUAUUCGAGAUCUCAUUCGUAGGAAGUACGACAAUUGGGCGUCGUUCGUCUUACCGUUGGGUAGAUUGUCGGAGUAUUCUGCUCUCAGGAAACUGCUUAUUACUAAGUACAAGAUUCACGAGACUUCGUUCGAUCGACGACAGGCUGCUCCGCGGUUUGUUAUUCGUCCACAGUCGGCAUUCUGCUACGAAGGACAGAGCUGCAAGUUCUACUGCCGUGUUAUUGGUGUUGCAUCUCCAGUUGUAACCUGGUAUCACAACAACCAGGAGCUGAAGCAGUCGGUUAAAUUUAUGAAGCGUUACGCCGGCGAUGAUUACUACUUCAUCAUCAAUCGUGUCAAGUUGGAUGAUCGUGGUGAGUACAUCAUCCGCGCCGAGAAUCAUUACGGAUCUCGCGAAGAAGUUGUCUUCCUGAACGUUCACCCGAUGCCGAAGCAAGUGCCGAUUUACAAACCGGAAACGCUCACCGUCAGGAAACGCGAACCAAGCCCACGCCCAUUGUGGCAGGAAGAGUCGGAUGCUGCUCCAGUGUUCACUUUCGCACUGCGUCCUCGUGUUAUGCAGCUUCGUGACACCUGCAAACUGCUUUGUUGUUUGAGUGGCAAACCGGUACCCACGGUGAAAUGGUUCAAGAACGGCCGUGAACUCAGCCGAUACGAAUACUCCAUGACACAUACGGACGGUGUCGUGACCAUGGAAAUCAUCGAUACCAAGGUUGAAGACUCCGGCGAAUACAAGUGCGUAGCAGUCAACCCUCUAGGAAAGGCUGAGACGAGCUGUGUGGUUAUUGUGGAAGAUCGUCGUCACCCAUUGGAACUACCCGAGCGAAAGCCAGAGGCGAAGCGAGCUUCGAUUAAGAAACCGGCAGCGACCAGCUCUCAACAACUUGGACCACCGGAUGCGCGCUCGCGCCAAUCUACCCGCGAGCUGAUUCCACUUAAAUCGGACAGUCUCAUGCACCCGCCAGAGUUCACCAUGAAGCUAAAGGACGUCGUGGCAACUGAUGGUGAAGCACUUCAUCUGAACUGCCACGUCCGCGGUGAUCCGCUGCCUCAGAUCGUGUGGACCAAGAACGGAAAGAAACUGACGUCCUCGGAUAUCAUCGACAUUAAGUACAAAAACGAAAUUGCCAGCCUGAGGAUCAACGAACUGUUCCCAGAGGAUUCUGGAACCUACGUGUGUACGGCCAAGAAUUCGAUGGGUGAAACCACUACCCAGUGUGUGCUAGAAGUCAAAAAGGGUUCAGAUUCUGCUCCACGAGCAGCCAACAAGAAGGGAGGUUUCAUCAAGGCUCCGAUCAUCAACACUCACGCCCAGUCCGGUUACUACAAGGACGGUGCUGAAGUGACGAUAACCUGCAAAAUCACUUGCCCAGAUCCGUUCAACGUGAUCUGGCUGCACGACAAUCGGGAGAUCAAAAAUACGCCCGACUUUGAGUAUCUCAACGAUGGCGACACCUACAAGCUGCACAUCCCGGAGAUCUUCCCGGAGGACGCCGGCACCUACACGUGCGAAGCGUUCAACAAGGGAGGCGAGAGCUUCAGCUCCUGCACGAUCUCGGUGGUGCCCCAGACUGAUCAGAAGGGCGCGGAAGUGUUCAGCAAAUUCCCGGCAUCGCUCAGCGUCCUGGACGGUGCGAAGGCGGUGUUCAGCUGCCAAACCAAUGAAGCCCCGAAGAAGCUCGAAUGGUACAAGGACGGGGAACCGAUCAACGAAUCCUCGAACCGGUACCGGUUCGUCAAGAAGGACAACAAAUACUCGCUCACCAUUGCCAAGUGUUCGUUCGAGGACAUCGGCCAGUACCAGGUUCGGGCUGUGACGAAACAGGGCGACGCGUUGGCUUCCUUCUCGGUCAACGUUAGCGCGUAAAGGGAGGAAAAAUUCGACUUAGCAGGUUAAGGUUUAGAAUGUUAGCUAGCAACAAUCAAUCGAGAAAAAAUAUAUUUAUAAAUGAUUCUUUUGUAUGAGAUGCUAGGUUUUUGAUCAAUUUUUUUUUGUACGGCUCUGGUCCCUAUCGGGAUGGUUUUUGUUUCCAUUGAAAAGAAAUAUUUUUGUAAAGUAUUAUCUAAUUUUUGGUAACUGUAACUUAAUUGACUAGACAUGGAUUUUUUUACUGUUGGUAUAUAAAAAAGAAGCAACGAAUAUAAUAAAAAAAAAUAAAAAACGAAGAUGUAAUAUUAAA